UUGCAUUAUCGACAGGUUUGAGGCAAAGUCCAGCUCAUGGGUCACACAGAGACAUUCUGUCACACCAAAACACCCGACAAGCAAGACGAGAGAGGAGGAAAGUGAGGAGAAUGGAUACAACGUCGUCAUUCUUCAAGUCUAUGACAAAGCGGGUCUGGUCCCCGCCCCAGCGACCUUUCAGAAUCUGUUGUAACAGAAGGGAGACCAAGAAAGGGGUCACUGCAGGAACCCUGGAGGAGCUGAAAGAGAGGGUGUGCCAGGCUUUGUUGCUGACCAUUUCUGCAGCAUCUGUGUACCUGGUUUGUGAGGAGGACGGUACAGAAGUGGACUCUGAUGAGUUCCUCAUGACCUUACCGGACAACACCGUGCUCAUGGCCCUAGAACCAGGACAGACAUGGAAACCGCAAGCAGGUGCAGUUGUGCUAAGAAACCACGACAAGCCUCGCACCGGCAGAGACAUAGCACGUGUCACCUUCGACCUUUACAAGAUAAACCCGAAGGAUGUGUUUGGCUCGCUGAGUGUGAAGGCCACGUUCCAAGGCCUGUACUCUGUGAGCGCCGACUUUCAGUGUCUGGGGCCCAAGAAGGUCCUCAGAGAAGUGCUGCGCUUCGCCUCCACCCUCCUUCAGACCGCUGGGCACCUGCUUAUCACCUCUGCGUCCAUGAUCCGCCGCAUCAUCGAAGGCACUGAGCUCUGGCAACCGCAGAGGGCCGAGUACGCAGCCACCUGGCAUUAAAACCCUGCCCCAAAAUGAAAAUGUUUUGACUUUACUCCUACAAUUAGACAUUUAACUGGGUAACAGUACUAAAAAUAUAAUAUGAUUUCCUCCUUAAGGCAAUCAGAAACAACACACAAUAUCAAGGGAUGCAUAAUUUUGUAUUUUUAAUGAGUGAGUAUUCACUCUUUUAGAAUAUCUUGAAGGUGUUGUUUAUGAUUGCUUUCCACGUCACUAUAAGAAACGUGGUCUUAUCACAAUCAGACGUGUGACCAAGCAGCGACCCAAAAAAACUUAUCAAGACCUUCGAGUUUGAUCUCUGGGAUCUUUUGAGGCCUGAAUGUUGAUUACAUCAUUUAGUGAUUUGUGGCAUGACAGUAUUUCAUAAGCCUAAAAAUGAAAAACAGGUUGGAGGGAACAAAAGCAAGUUAGAACAGCACUAUGUAGCUUAGUAAGAAAAUAAAUGCUGUAUUAUUUUUGAUUUUUUUGGGAAAUUAUUUUGUGUAAUAUAUUUUUUGUAAUAUUUUUGAAAUUUCCUAUUUAUGUGUUGAUUUUCUUUGUAAAUGUUUGUUGUAUAUGGCCAAAAGUGCCACAAUUCCAGCAAUCUGUCAAAUACAUUUUUUAGAAAUGUGAUGCUUGAAGUCAAGUUUACCAAAUUAAAAAUGUUAACGUUCACAUAAA